CAUUCAUGAAGGCAGUGACAGCAUGGACUCACGCUGUUUGGAAAGUAAUACGCUACAAAACCCAAAGAGAGGCAACUUUUAACUGAAGUGGAGACUUCAGCCUAACGCGCACAUUCAUAUUUAACUGGGUCGAUAAGUAUUUUAAUAUCGCUAUCACAGACUUUCCGCAACGUCGUGACUUUGUUUUUACCCGUGGUAUCCUUUUAUGGGCUCGCGACCUGUAACAAAAUGAACUCACUGGACAGGUGCGUUGACAGGUUAAUUCAUCUUAAUUUUUGAAUUGGGUUGUUAUUGCUUUGAAAAUUGGGGAUAAUAUAAAAUGGAGCAGAAACGUUAUUUGUCGUGUGGAAGUGAGUCUUCGUCGUCCGGUUCAAACACCUUGUCCGAGGGAGAAGAAAUGACGCCCUUCCUGGACAGGAAAGUUUCUGGAGAUGGAGAUGACGGCCACAACUCGGAUUUCGAAAGUGUUAACGAAGUGGAGGACGACAAGGAGACACCAAGACAAGAAGAAAGUGAGGACGAAGACGAAAAGAAGUUGGACAACAUCCUUUACCCUCCCUCCGCUUACCUCAGGAAGUCCAGUAACCCCGAGUUGACUCGGGGAUUAAGUCCUGCUCUCAAAUUAAAGCGACAUCUCAGUGACGAUGGAAAACAUGUUCGAAGACGGAGUCUCGGGGGUGGUCUCACAGGAAAGUACCUUCUGCUACCCUCCCACCCCCAGCAGACACACACAGCUUGGCAGCCGUCAUCUGAGAUGUCUAACCUGGUCCGUAUGUGUUCCCUGAACCUCGGAAAGUCAGACCCCUCCCUCACCUCCAGCAUGAAAGAGCUGAGUCUUCCCAGAAGAGGCAGUUUUUGCAGAACGAGCAACAGAAAAAGCCUGAUAGGAAGUGGUCAGUCUUCAGGUUUACAGCGACCUCACUCCCCUCUCUCAUCUCUUACAGGAACAAGCCCACAAGACAGUCCUAGAAAUUUCUCUCCUAGUGCCUCUGCUCAUUUCUCCUUUGCACGAAGUCAUUGCUACAGAGCAGACAGGACUGAUGGUCGCCGCUGGUCGUUGGCCUCCCUUCCAUCCUCUGGAUAUGGAACCAACACGCCCAGCUCCACCGUCUCUUCAUCCUGUUCAUCACAGGAGAAGCUGCACCAGCUGCCCUUCCAGCCUACGCCUGAUGAACUGCACUUUCUCUCCAAGCACUUCUGCACUGAGAGUAUCUCCGGGGAUGAAUGCCGCAGAGCGACAGCCAUGCGACCCCGCUCACGCAGUCUCAGCCCUGGAAGAUCUCCAUCAUGUUUCGACCAUGAGAUUAUCAUGAUGAAUCACGUCUACAAGGAGCGGUUUCCUAGAGCCACAGCUCAGAUGGAGGAAAGGAUUCAGGACAUCAUCCGCAGCAACUCUCCAGAGAGCGUCCUCCCUUUGGCAGAUGGUGUGCUCGGCUUUGCCCACCACCAGAUAAUUGAACUGGCCCGUGACUGUCUGGAGAAGAGCCGGCUAGGACUCAUCACCUCCAGCUACUUCUGCGAGCUCACUGACAAGCUGGAGAGGCUUGUUCAGGAGUCCACAGAGAGAUCAGAAAGCGAGGAGGUAAACUUCAUCAGAGAGCUGGUGAAGAAGAUCCUCAUCAUCAUAGCCCGACCUGCUCGACUGCUGGAAUGCCUGGAGUUUGACCCAGAGGAAUUUUACCACCUUUUGGAGGCCGCAGAAGGACACGCUAAAGAGGGCCAGGGCAUCAAAACGGACAUCCCUCGUUACAUCAUCAGCCAGCUGGGACUCACAAGAGAUCCUCUGGAAGAAAUUGCUCAGCUGACCAGCUGUGACAGCGGGAUUGCAGAAACACCAGAAACGGACGACUCUUCUCACAGCCUCAGCACAGCCUUGCGGUGCCGGCGUAAACCCUGUGAAUUGGACUUUGAGAUGACAAAACUCAUCAGCAAUGGUGCCUAUGGAGCUGUUUAUCUGGUUCGGCACAAGGAAACAAAGCAGCGGUUUGCCAUGAAAAAGAUCAACAAGCAGAACCUGAUUUUGAGGAAUCAGAUACAACAGGCCUUUGUGGAGAGAGACAUCCUUACCUUUGCCGAGAACCCUUUUGUGGUGUCCAUGUACUGCUCCUUUGAGACAAGGCGGCACCUGUGCAUGGUCAUGGAAUAUGUUGAAGGUGGAGACUGUGCAACCCUUUUGAAGAACAUGGGUCCCCUGCCUGUGGAUAUGGCCAGGAUGUACUUUGCAGAGACAGUGCUGGCUCUGGAGUAUCUUCACAACUAUGGCAUCGUCCACAGGGACCUCAAACCAGACAAUUUGCUGGUUACAUCAAUGGGACACAUUAAGCUGACAGAUUUUGGGUUGUCCAAAGUUGGGCUGAUGAACAUGACCACGAACCUGUAUGAGGGACAUAUAGAGAAAGAUGCAAGGGAGUUCUCUGAUAAGCAGGUAUGUGGAACCCCAGAGUAUAUUGCACCAGAGGUGAUCCUGAGACAAGGCUACGGGAAGCCGGUGGACUGGUGGGCGAUGGGCAUCAUCCUCUACGAGUUCCUUGUGGGCUGUGUGCCUUUUUUUGGAGACACACCAGAGGAGCUGUUCGGACAGGUCAUCAGUGAUGAGAUCAACUGGCCUGGGGGAGAGGAUGCCCCACCUCCUGACUCUCAGGAGCUCAUCACCUUGCUCCUCCGACAGAAUCCUCUGGAAAGGAUGGGUUCAGGCGGAGUUGCCGAAGUGAAGCAGCAUCAGUUUUUUGACAACCUGGACUGGAACAGCCUGCUGAGGCUUAAGGCUGAGUUUAUUCCUCAGCUGGAGUCUGAAGACGACACCAGCUACUUUGACACCCGCUCUGAGAGAUACCAUCACCUGGAGACCGAGGAAGAGGAUACAAACGAUGAAGACUUCAAUGUGGAGCUGCGGCAGUUCUCCUCUUGUUCUCACAGAUUCUCUAAGGUUUACAGCAGCCUGGAUUUGUCCCGUGGGCACCUGGAGGAGAAGGGGGAGACGGAGGGGAAGAAGAGUGAGAGCCCACUGACUGUUGACUCUCUCAGCUGGACACCAGACUUUGCUGAAAUGCCCUCGCUGUCCCACUCUACAGACGCAGACGGUCUGAAUCAGGGCCCUCUCCCCAACUUGUUGCCAAAGUUUGCCAUAUCAGCAGAGAGUGAAGGAGACGAGACCUCAGGCCUCGGUGACCCCAGCAAGACCUCCUUCUCCACCGGAGAGCUCCUGCAGGAUGAGCCUGACGCUACCACUCCAGGCAGCACCCACAGUGGAGCCACACUCUCUGGAAGCUUCUCAGAACAUCUGGACCAGUUGACACCCAGAGGUGAGGGGGUGGAGAGCCCCGACAGUACCAGUCAUACCUCGGCAGACCAGGGGGCUCAGACUAACUCUCUGCGGCCUGAGAGUGCUACAGAGAAGACCGGAGCUGUGGUAAAAGUCCCAAAGUCUGUCUCAACUGGUGCCCUGUCCCUCAUGAUCCCUGGGGAUAUCUUCGGGGUGUCUCCGCUGGCCAGCCCCCUCUCUCCGUACUCCCUCUCCUCAGACCCAUCCUCACGAGACUCCUCUCCAAGCCGAGACUCCUCCCUCUGUACAACCAACCCACGGCAGCCCGUCGUCAUCCAUAGCUCAGGGAAGAAGUUCGGCUUCACACUGAGGGCAAUCCGGGUGUAUGCUUGUGACGGUGACAUCUACACCGUUUACCAUAUGGUCUGGAAUGUAGAAGAUGGUGGUCCUGCACAUAAAGCAGGACUCAAAGCUGGAGACCUCAUUACUCAUGUGAACGGAGAACCAGUUCACGGUCUUGUCCACACUGAAGUGGUGGAGCUCCUGCUCAAGGUAAAUGACAAUAGUGGUAGCAAAGUGGCCAUCUCCACAACCGCCUUUGAAAAUACUUCAAUAAAAACUGGUCCAGCCAGGAGGAACAGCUACAGGAGCAAGAUGGUGAGAUGUGCCAAAAAGCCCAAGAAGGAGAAGACACCCGAAAGGCGCCGCUCCCUUUUCAGGCGUUUUGCCAUGCAGCCCUCUCCUCUCCUGCACACAAGCCGCAGUUUCUCCUCUCUCAACCACUCUCUGUCAUCUGGUGAGAGUCUCCCUGGCUCCCCCACCCACAGUCUCUCCCCUCUUUCCCCUACUGCUACCUUCCGCCACACACCAGACUUCACCCAGUCAGGUGGCAACUCCUCCCAGAGUAGCUCCCCCAGCUCCAGUGCUCCAAACUCCCCUGCAGGCUCAGGCCACAUUCGUCCCAGCACGCUCCAUGGCCUGGGCCCCAAACUGCCAGGGCAAAGGCUUCGCCAGGGGCGCCGCAAGUCUGCCAGCAGCAUUCCCCUUUCUCCUUUGGCUCGCACACCUUCACCAACUCCCCAGCCAACAUCUCCUCAGCGUUCACCCUCUCCCCUUCUCAGUGGGCACCCUGUUGCCAUUUCCAAGACGAACCAAGCCAAGAUACAUUCCCCACCCACAAUUGUACGUCAUAUUGUGCGCCCCAAAAGUGCUGAGCCACCUCGCUCUCCCCUGCUAAAACGUGUCCAGUCUGAGGAGAAACUGUCCCCCUCUUACACAGGAGAUAAGAAGCACCUGUGUCCCAGAAAACACAGCCUGGAGGUGACCCAAGAGGAGGUGCACGAUGAGGAACUGAGGCCUGCGGAGCGGGAUUACACCAACUUGCAGAGUGUGGAAGAAACAUUCUGUGAACCGCUGGCAAUCAACCGUAUUCGACCUGUUGAGCAGGGCUGCUUAAAGAGGCCCGUCAGUCGCAAGAUGGGCCGGCAAGAGUCUGUUGAGGAGCUUGACAAGGAAAAGCUUAAGUCUAAGAUGGUUGUAAAGAGACAGGACUGGUCAGAGAGGAGGGAGUCUCUACAGAAGCAAGAUGCCCUGCGUGAAUCUGACUCAUCCCCCUUGUGCGGUGAUGACAGGGAUGAAACCUUUCUGGUCCGCGGCCAAAACAAAACCCAGAGCAUCCCAGACUCUGGCCCUAAGGAGGCCAAAGCUGCUAGCACAACCCUCAAAGAUGUGCUAUAUAAGAAACUUAACACACGUGUCUCUGAGGGCAUCGCUGAAACAUCUGGCGGCUGCUGUGAAAGUGACGGAGGACUCAGAUCAGCUCUCUGCUCUAUUCACCCCGAGCGGCAGCACUCCAGACAGGGUAAAGAUAACAUGAAGCCAGACAGAUUGGACUUCAAAGCUCCCAACAUUGAGUUCACUAGGAAGAGGCUGUCGUUUGAAGAACGAGAAGACUGCAUGUGUCGGUUGUCCUCCGGCAUCCACGAGAACCUGCACUUUGGCUCCACCAGGUCUAAGAGCCUCCAGCUGGAUACGGCCAUGUCUCAUGAGCACAUGAAAGCAGGGCUGGGAAGUGUUCACUCCAGCCCAGAAGGUCUGUCCCCCAAGCUUUUCUCCGGUAGAGGAGAGAGCGCUGUGGAAAAACUCCAGCUCAUCUCCUCCGCAGAGUCUCCGCUUCGAAAGACAUCUUCUGAAUAUAAACUUGAAGGACGUCACGUCUCCUCUCUCAAACCUCUGGAAGGCACCCUAGAUAUUGGUCUGCUCUCAGGGCCCAGAGUCUCGAAAACCGAAACCUGUUUAUCUAAGAUGGCGGAUAACACAAGCAACAGUGUUGCUUUGAGUCCUCCAAUUUGGCUCCAGACCCCUGCUGAGAGACAAAUAACCAUCCCCCAACUGAAAACUACAGACAAGCUGAAGAGCCCCCUGACUUGUUCGACAAGCCCUGAAGCUGUUUCUUAUCUAAAUAGCAUAGUUGCCUCCAAAGAUCAGUCAAAUAAUGCUGCCACAGAGGUGAAAAUCAGUACAAGUAGUGAGAAAACACAGGAUAGACAUAGUGAAUCAGUAAAGGCUCAAACCAGUAAAGUAGAGGCCUCAAGCUUUACUGUUAAACAAGAGAGCAGGACGGGUAUGAAGUCCACUUCCUCACUGGCUCAUGAACACAGAGGCCCUCGACACAGCUCCCACUUCUCCUCCUGUGGAAAAACACCCUCCAUACGGGAAGUCAGCAAUGAAGAUCAGGAGGAUGAAGUGGAGCAGGAAGUCACACCACACACUACAUCACCAUAUACCGACAGCUGCAAGACAGUAGUCUCUUUGACUUCAGCAAAGCUGGAGGUGGACAUUAAAACUGCGGAGACUCCGGUUACAGCUGCCAGCAAACCAUUACCUUUGUCGCCAAAGCAGAGUAUAAACUGUGGUUUGGAUACAGGUCAGCAUCAGAGCUGUGAGAGAAAAACAGCUACUGCACAGAGCUCAAACCUGACCUCUGUUACUGAAGUGACUGUACAGAAAAACUCUGCAUCUGUACGCAUUUCAGAGAACAAGCUUUCUAAACAGCAGCCGUUGACGAUCUGCUCUUCAAAUACAGAAACGCGGGUUUCUAACACAUCUGCUUCUGUGCACGAAAAUAAAACCUGCAGUUUAAAAUCUGAAGAUCAGGACUGCUCGGAAAGAUCUGUUCGUGACGGUGUGCAAUCUAACAGAUUAGCUGUGAAAGUGGUCAGUGAUACAGGCAGCUCAGGCUCAAAGAAGGACGUCAAUACGUGUGUCGCAUUUCCAAAACUGGAGUCAAACCCAAAAGGGGAGCAGAAGAGAGAAGUUUCUACAGCAAACGUGGUCGCCUCAUUAAAUAAUGUUACACUGAGCGUAAAUAAAAAGGAUGAUGCUGUUGGCGCAAUAGAGAGUAGUAUCAUGUUGCUGCAGAAAAAUGAGGAUCCCAUCUCACCAAAGACGAAGAAUAAAGACAACGUGAAACAUUCAGAGCAGCAAUCAAAAAACUAUCCAGCUGAAAAAGCACAACACAAAUCAUUUGAUUCAGAAUACGUCACCAAUAAAAAAGAUGAAACCGUUAUCCGUGUGAAAGAAAACUCCGCAAAACAGAAAUGUUCAUCCUCAGCAACUGCAAAUGAAAAUGUGUGGAUUCCCAAAAGUAAGUCAAGGCCUGACCCACAGCCUGUACCACACACCGCUGUGAAGACGGAGACAAAAACACUUGAAGUGAAAUCUCACAGUGCGGCUCCUCCCGUCUCAGCAGUCAAGGGCAGUCCAAAUUCAAAACAGAGAGAUCUGUCUAAAGAAUCUGCACUCACCACUUCAAACAUUCAAGUAACCCAUGACUCUAAACUGAAAGAAGCCUCGUUGCCAUCCAAGCGGGAGGAAUCGGUGCAGCUGACGCAUUCUACCACACUUGCUGACGUGAAGCAAAGAGAAUCCCAGCUCAAAAGAUCUGUAGCAACCUCGGCUCAUACAGAAAACACAGACUCAAAGCUAAAAUCACCCCCUCCUAAAACUGCCCCUUCAUUGUCAACUCUAAAAACUUCUGUAGCUCAAACACCAGUUAUUAAACAAAGUCUUGAUGCCAGACAUAAAGACCCCUCACCCAAAAAUCAAGCCCCGGUCGUUGGAAACCACCAUGGCUCAAAACCAAAAGAACUUGCGUUACCUCUUACUGCACCUCAACAUCCGCUGCCAUCAGAUGUUCCCUCCCAGCCUGACACGCCACCGGCGCUGCCCAAACCUGCAGUGAAAAAAGAAACCCCGAGCAGUGGAGUCCUCUCAGGCAAGAUCUCCAGCUGUGCACCCCAGGAGACUGUCGUCAAGGUAUCCAAGGAAAGCCCCAAGUCUGAAACGCUCAAACCGGACAGUCACAAGGGCCCGGAUACCAGAACCACUACCCCUGAUAAACAGCUGUCCUCCAGCAAGAAGGAGCCGGCUGAGAGGAAGAAAAAAGAGGCUGUUCAAGAGGUCACGUCUGCGCAGAAAAACACAAAAAACGCGUCCAGAGCUGCUGCCUCUGACAGAGACGCUGGCAGGAAGCAGCAGCAGAAGGAGUCGCCACGUGGUUCUGGUAACAAAAAGACCGGGCAAGCUGUUACAUGCUGAUAGAGAGGUAGGGGUGUGUUUGUGUUUCUGUGUGUGUGUGUGUGUGUGUGUGUGUGUGUUUAAUAAGAUGACGUAUGUCAACACGUGUAGAUGUUUCUAGGUCUGAAUGUAGGCAAUCAUUUGCUGAUCAUUUCUGGUCAUUUUUACAUCAAGAUGAAUGUUUGGAAGUUUUGUUUCUGCUUUGUGCAAUCAUUAUGUCAGAGGCAGCAGGGAGGAGCCUUACACCGGUUGGGAUGUACUGUAGAGUCAGUGCCAUAAAUAAUUUAUAAUUGCACUCUUACUUCUAGACUCAGAGGACCUAAAGUCUUUUAAUGCAGAAGACCACUCAAUUUUGCUCAGAAAUUCAGUCCAGUAUAAUCCGAUUAUUGUUAUGUUGGGUUUUUGUGCAGUGGUACACAGAGGGAAUGUCCUGUGUGUUUCACCUUAAACUUAACCUAAAAUCCUCUCACGGUUCUAGAAAUCAUAAAUUGAAGUGAAGGGGCCUUAAAAUCAUGGGAAAUAUAAACUUGCUGUUCUUAGCAAGGUGUGGUGUUUAUUCACAUUCCUCUGACAUCUGUACAUAUAUUUUUGAUUUUUAUGCAAUAUGGUGUAAAUAUGAUAAAACUGGGAUUCAUGGGCUUCCAUGAUUGUCGUUUGUAUUAUAUGUAUAGAUUUUGCGAUGUCAUUUGUUUGUAUGCUCAAUAUUAAGAGUAUCUGCUUGAUAACUCUGUGGUCUAUAGUAAGCUACUGUGAUGUAUCUCGUCAAAGACAUCCUCUUCUUUGUGACUUUUAACAUGUUUUCACAUGUUCCAAAAUUAACUUGUCAAGAGAGAAGAAAAGGCAUCAGGGGGUAACUGGGCUUUUCUAAAAAUGUAGCAUUAUAUAAGAAAACUGUGAGGGCUGUCAGCAUUUCCCAAGAAUGUCUUUGUUGUUGAUGCGUUUGCUGGCUGACCACGGUUUAAAGGGAUCGUACACUUUUAAAGUGAGGUUGUAUGAGUCAGUGUAUUACUUAGAGUAGAUGGCGGUCAGCACGGCCCCAGUUUGGAGACACUGGAAGCUAAGCAAUGUAGUGCUGUGUACAGGAAGAGCAGCAAAACGUAUUUCAGGACCACCUAACAAAAUCAAUACUAUUUAAGUGUACACUAUAUUUAGAAUAUUUUCAGUGCUUUACCUUGCCGUCAAAUGGCGCCUUUACGACAGGGAAACUGAAGCUGUUACAGCACUCUCUUCAAAGCCACCAGACUCCUUUGACAAAAACAGGAAUCGUACCUCUGUAGUUGCUGGUCUACUGCUGCCUUGAUCUGUUAGUUUGUGAUUUUGUUAGUGUGUUUUAGAGGGUUAGGAACUAAGAAAUCUAACAAAUUAACAGUUCAAGGAAGCGGUAGACCAGCAACUCCGGUGUUCUGUGAGGUGAAAUGUUUUUUGUCAAAGAAGUCUGGUAGCUUUGAAAAGACCAAAGAUGUAUACAACAGCUUCAGUUCCCCAAUGUUAAGGGCUGUCUGACUGCAAGGUAAAGCAGGGAAAGUAAGGUUCUAAUAUAAUGCUCUUUUUAGGUGUCGUAAUAAAAUGUUUUGCUGUGUGGCCCUGUCCACAGCUUAGCUUCUGUUUUGGGACUCCUCACCUGGCGUGCCAACGGCCAUUUACUAUGUGUUAUACAAGGACUAUGGAUAAGUAACUUAUACAAACCCACUUCAAAACAUCCGAACUAUCCCUUUAGAGAGUGUACAAUAUGAACUAUUGUGUUUGAUUAAUGAGAUGAACCAGAUGUUCGGUUUGCCAAUAAUUACUGCAGUAGGUUUCUGAAGGCUUUGGCCAUCACCUUGGUUAUGUCCACGUCUGUGCAGAGUGAUAGAAGUUCAAUCGCGUGAGUAAGAUAAGGUUACAAGUACACAGAGAGCUUCACCGUCAGGGUUUCAGCGUCAGGUUUUAGGUCUCAGUGUUGUUUAAGUCGUGUGUGUGAGUGUUUCGAUGUUUUAAAGGACUCUUCAUAAUGAGCAGCAGCUGGCUUUAAGCUUCACCUGGAUAAAGAUUUUAUACAAUGAAUUAUUCACAUUGCAUAGUUCAUGUGCAUAACACACAUUUGAUGUUAAAUACUUGGUACUAUACAUAUAGGCUGUCGUAUAUCUGCAUUCACUUUUUGCAAUUUACUCACGCACACAAAAACACACACUCACACACACACACACACACACACACACACACACACACGUGUUUCUAUACAGUAGAUGCCUUUAAAUUGCAAACCCUAAAGACAACCAGGAGGUAGCCUAGGACAUUAGGUAUGUAAUGCAGUAUUUUCUCUGUUGUGCUGGCUAUGUAAAAACAAUACUCUUGUCUACUACAUAUACUCUUAUGUUGAUGAGUUAAACAUGACACAGAAUAAAGUUUAUCUAAAUAGCAUACUGUAUCCAAGAAGGAAACCGAAACCUGAGAUUGAUUGCAGAGAUUUUAAUGUUAAAGGAAUCUGUUUACUCACAUUAGAUAGUUAAUGUAUUGCUAAAGUAAUGUGAGAGAACAAAUGCACCUUAAUGUUUGCCAAUAUUCAGUUCAAAGGGUGAGAAGAAGAGUGAAAUUGGAACUGAAAAUGGUUUAUGAAUUCCCCUCUCAUCCUGACGUCAGAUUUAAAUGAAUCACUGAAUUUUAUUUGAACAAAUUGAACUUUUUUCUUCCCCCCCCUCCCCCAUACUUUUUUCCCCCGUGACAACUCAAAGCACAUUCAAUGUUUGUUUACAAAGCAUCAUGGAUGUAUAUUUUGUAUAUUGUUGAUUUGCCAAAUCUAUGUUCUGUGUCAGCGCUAAUGUUGUUUAUAGUAGUGCGAGGCUUUGCUCCCCGCCUCCAGGAUGUUUAAUAAGAACAUUUGUUUGUGCUGUAAUCAAUUGUCUUUUGUCAUGUCAGAUUCUUCUUUCUCUUUUCAGUUUUCUUUUUUCUUUCUUUCUCUGUGAAAAACUAGUAUUAGAUGAACUUGCUUUCUAUGGUUUGUCUUUUAGAAUAUGUGCAAUAAAAGUGUUUUGAGUUUUGUAUUUUGCCCAAGGAAAGCUCUAUGGAUGUCAUAGAUGUUGUAUAUUAAAACAGAUAUUUAUACUUCUAAUGUUGCGUAAUACUGAAAAUAAAAUGGAAUUAUAAAUUAA